AUGGUCAGAUAUAGAGGUUUCUUCAACGAUGAGUCCCCGCUGGUCUCAAACGACUCCCCCGGUGACUUGAACUUGUUGAACGGAUUACUCAGGGUUCACACUCCUGAAGCUCGUAAACGCGCGGAGUUUGAGGUCAUGAAGCAACAAGAGCACACGGAAGCUGAGGCCAUGAAGCUGACCAUUGAACAAGAUGGAGAUGUCGACCAGCCUUACGAGGUUCCUUGUCGGUUCGAGAUCCGCCUUCGACCUACGCUGGAACACCGUUCGGAUGCGCUGUGGGAGGAAGGUCGUGGGUCAUCACAUCACAGUCUUUCUCGGAAGCCUUCGCAAGCGGGUUCUCGUUCUUCUCAUGUAUCGGACGAGGUAAAGGAAGAAUCGCGCUCCAAUCCCGAACGAGACAAAGAGUCCUUGCCAUCCUCAUCCAAAACCCUUGCACCUUCGCCUGCAAAGCGGGCACCACCUUCCGUUCGCGAUUCAGACGAGGAUUCUUUCCUUGACCACCCUGCAACCAUCACCAACCCUAUGCUCAAGUCAAUCGCGCGAGCGGCGAUGUUGAACUCGAUGAUGAACUUGUGGGGUGGCAGGGCCUUCCAUAAGGUUUUGCGCGAGUUUAAGCUCAAGAUCCGUGAAGAGAGCUAUAAAGACGAGACAACGCGUGAGGAUGAGAGUCCGCGUGUAGCAGCGGCAGCUAGUGGAGCCAAUCUCAAAGUGCUCGGCGAAAAGAUCUCGAUGCGGCUCAAGUGUCCUCUUCAAAGUGUGGUGACAGUGUUUCCCGCGAGAGAGAAACAGCGACUGUACUGUGCUCCAGACUCGUCAAACGGAGCUCGCGAUAAUACCGAUACCGAUGACGAGAGCGAGGAUGAAGAAAGUCGGAGUCAGGCAGGACCAAACAGAGCCAGCGAUAACGACUCAAUGCAUGAUACAAUGAGCCCCAAACAACCAACUCACGCGGGCUUCAAGGAGAUCCUAGACACCACCACCUAUCCCUCGCUUCUCGACGUCGAACUCUUGUCCCAGGCUGACACCAGCUCGAUGAAUCAGGCUUUACUCGAGGUCCUCGAAAUCGUGUUCGUGAACCUCAGUGAACGUAUUAACAUUUCCGUUUGGGGGAGCAGCGACGACAAGAUUGGUGAGACCGGGGAAGGCAAGGAUGUCAAAAAGAGGGCUGAUGUCGUAUGCGAAUGUGUCGCGAUCGUUCUCUUCAAUGAGAUAAUCCCACGUAUCAUCAAUGAUAUCCUGCGAGACCCAAAGUUCAACAAGAUUAGGGAAGCAAGGAAACACUCUGUCAAAAUAGAAGGAAUCCUCGUCGUGAUCAUAUAUGUCAAUCGUGUGUCAAGCGAUGAAGAAUGUGGAAGGGUACUCCGGGGUUUAACCGGUUAG